AUGGCGGGUGCCAGGGUAUGGGUACGUGAUUCUGAAGAAGUAUGGGUUGGUGCAGAAGUUGUUCAGGAUUACAAAGGGAAUGAAGUCAAAGUACUUCUGGAAGGAGAUAGAGGGGAAAAAACCAUCGUAGUUAAAUCGGACACAGAAUUACCACCUUUAAGAAAUCCAGACAUAUUGGUUGGUAGAGAUGAUCUCACAUCGCUAAGUAAUCUACAUGAACCUGCCGUGUUAUAUAAUCUUAAAUAUAGAUUUUUACAAGAGGGAAAUAUUUACACAUAUUGCGGUAUUGUAUUGGUUGCUAUUAAUCCAUAUAAAGAGCUUGAUAUAUAUGGAAAUGAAUUCAUUCAAUUCUACAGUGGAUGUAAUAGAAAUAGGAUAGACCCACAUGUAUAUGCUAUAGCAGAGGAAGCCUAUAGUAGCAUGUGCAAGUUUGAACAUAAUCAGUCCAUCAUUGUGACUGGUGAAAGUGGUGCUGGCAAGACUGUGUCUGCCAAAUACGCCAUGAGAUACUUUGCUACAGUGGGUGCUGGGCCUGGUGAAUCGGAUACGCAAAUGGAGAAAAAAGUAUUGGCUUCAAAUCCAAUCAUGGAGGCUAUUGGCAAUGCGAAAACAAUCCGUAACGACAACAGUAGUAGAUUUGGAAAAUACAUUGAAAUUGGAUUCAGUAAGAAAAACCUUAUAAUUGGUGCAAAUAUGAGAACGUAUCUUUUGGAGAAAUCUCGCGUGGUUUUCCAAGCAGCGCAAGAAAGAAACUAUCACAUCUUUUAUCAGCUGUGUGCAGCUGCAUCGGAAUAUAAGGAAUUUAUGCUGAGUAAUCCAGAUGAUUUUUACUACACAAGUCAAGGUGAAAGUCCCUUUGUUGGAGGAGUAGAUGAUGCCGAUGAAUUUGAUGAAACCCGAAAAGCUUUGCAAUUAAUAGGUGUUACUGAAUCACAACAACUGAUGGUAUUCAGAAUACUGGCAGCAAUUCUACAUUUUGGUAAUGUGGAUUUCUUAGAAGCAGAUAAUCAAGAAAGCUGUAAAGUUUCUCCGGAUGAUAUCAGUUUAUCUGUUGUUGCGUCUCUUCUUGGAAUAGAUGGAGAACAAAUGCAAAGAUGGCUAUGCAAUAGAAAGAUUGUCACUGUGAAUGAAACCAUGAUCAAACCAUUAACGGAAUCACAAUCAAUUCAAGCAAGAGAUGCCUUAGCUAAGCAUAUUUAUGCCCAGACAUUUGAUUGGAUUGUUGGCAAAAUAAAUGUAGCAUUACAUACCGAAGCAACUCCACAUAAUUUUAUUGGUGUGCUGGAUAUUUAUGGAUUUGAAAUGUUUGAAACUAAUAGUUUUGAACAAUUUUGCAUAAAUUAUGCAAAUGAGAAGCUGCAGCAACAAUUUACCCAACAUGUUUUCAAACUAGAACAAGACCAGUAUGUGGAAGAGGGGAUAGUAUGGUCGUUUAUUGAUUUUUACGACAAUCAACCGUGCAUUGCUCUCAUUGAAGAAAAAUUAGGUAUUCUGGACUUGUUGGACGAAGAGUGCAAGAUGCCAAAUGGAAAUGAUGCCAAUUGGUGUCAGAAGUUGUAUGCAAAACACUUAGAGAAGUCCAAACAUUUCGCUAAACCUCGAAUGUCUCGGUCGGCGUUUGUCAUUCACCAUUUUGCAGAUGAUGUGCAGUAUGAGACGGGAGGAUUUCUUGAAAAGAACAGAGACAUGGUGAUUGAAGAUCAUUUGAAUAUUUUGAGAGCCAGCCAGUUUGAAUUUGUAGCAGCAUUAUUUCGUGAAGAUGAAACGCCUGCUCGUACUGGGAAACAGAGUAAAAAUUAUAAUAAACCAAGAACUGGUAGAGGAUCUGUCCGAUCAAUGACAGGCCCACCGCUGCAAGGAGCUAAAAAACAACACACACAGACUGUGGGGUCGCAGUUCCGUAGUUCACUAACCCGGUUGAUGCAGACGUUGAACGCAACUAUUCCCCAUUAUAUUCGAUGCAUCAAGCCAAAUGACGAAAAAGCACCAUUUGUAUUUGAACCAAAGAGGGCGGUAGAGCAGUUAAGAGCGUGUGGUGUUUUGGAGACGAUACGGAUCAGUUCUGCUGGAUAUCCAUCAAGAUGGUCAUAUCCAGAAUUUUUCGUAAGGUACAGAGCUUUAUUGAAGCCGGCAGAUAUUGAUAAAAAAAAUAUCAGAUGUUCCUGUGAGAAUGUACUACAGAACUACAUAUCU